AUGCGAACGCCUUUCCCCGCCGCCAGCCGCUACAUCCACAGCGCGUCCGUCCGUCACCGCGUCCUGCCUCCUCCCCCCGGGCCGCGGACACCCCCCAGCCUCUGCCCUCAGCUCUGGAUGCGCACCGAGCCGACUGUCCUGUUGACGAGCGGCUCCCAUGUCUCGGGACGCUCCGUAAACCCCACGCUCCGGGACGGUCCCACAGAUUACGGUGGCGGUUACAUCACGGCACCAGCUGGCCCCCUCUGCGGCGCGCUCCGGCGUUUUCCUUAUUUCUGCGUCCAGGUUGUGCUUGGAUGUUGUGUAACCUGA